GCAGCACUGUGCCCAUCUCCCCUGGUGCAUCACCCCUUGCCCCACAAGCCACGCAGCCUCGCCAGGGCAGGGCCUGGUAGACCCACCUGGGCAGCCACGGCCAGCACAGCUGCACCACGGGGGCCUGAAAGGGCCGCCUGUUCCCAGGCCUGGCGGGCAUUCCUCAGAGGGUUAGUGGGAUGCCUGGGCACGAGCUUUUGAACACGACAGGGAGAUUACACUGGCAAAAAGCCCGUCAGGGAAGGAGGUAGAUGCCAGUUUCCUUUGCGGGGGUAUGAGGACCUAAACCCAGGGGCAGAGGACAGAAGGGCAGGAUGACCCCGCAAGGGUCUGCCAGGUCUGUGGGGCAUCACCCCUGCCAAUGGGAGAGAAAGGUUCCUGCCUUUGCUGCUGGGGGUGGGUCCCAUGCGCCCCCUGCCACCACGCCAGGAGGAGGGGGCAGCAGCAGCCCCAGUGCAGUACCACCCCAACUGUGUGUCCUCAGGCUUGGACUCGGGAUGCAGCGGGGGACGGCGGCCCCGACAAAACACUGGCGUUUUUCCACCACCCAGUCAGGUACGUCCCCUGCUGCUGGGCAUCCUGGUUGGGCCCGAGGGCAGCAGGCAGGCAGCAGCUCUCACCCUGGGUCUCCCCAGCAGGAUCCUCUGGCCCAAGUCCAAGUCCUUUGACUAUCUGUACGGCAUGGGGGAGAAGCUGCUGGAGAACUUCCCAGUGCAGGCCACCCUCUGCUUCUACGAGGACUCGGGCAGUGAGGAGGAGGAAGAGGAGGAGGAGGAAGAGGAGGAGGAAGCAGGGGACAUGGCAGCAGGUCCCCAGCCACAAGCAGGCAGCCCUGGCAGGCCGGUGUGAGGGCACAGUGCAUCAGGCAAGGGCAGGCCCGGCAGCACCAAGGAGGUGCAGGCAGAUGCCUGCCCUGCAGACAUCAUGUGGACAGGCAGCGGGCACAGACCCUACCGCCCGGGAUCACCGGCACUCGGGGGUUGCGCGACCGCCGGCCCGGCUCCGGCUCCUGCUCCGGCUCCAGGCCGCCCGGCAGCCCCGCCUCUGGCUCGGAGC